GUUUUGCUCUAAACCUCAGUGCGCUUUUCUUAAAGCAGGGGAAAAAAUGGAAAUCGCAAACAAGGUCGUUUCCUCUGGGACAUUUCAGGUGUUUAAACUCCCUCUGGGCUUCAUCCGCCUGCUGGAAUGGAGCGAGGGAUAGACAGGGAUAGAGAUCAUCAGUGGUCAGGCUCUAAACCGCGUCCCGUUACCUCUAAAUGAUUCGGACUACAGCGAGCCACUUGUUGUGUGCAGCCGAAGAUCUGUUGUGUGUUUAAAUGUGUAUGGUCAUAUUCGCCCCGCUUUUUGCCAUCUUUGCUUUCGCAACAUGUGGAGGCUACACUGGACAGCUGCGGGUUAGCGUGGACUGUGUCAACAAAACUGACAGCAAUCUCAGCAUCACUGUCAAAUUCGCCUACCCAUUCAGGCUGAAUCAGGUCACCUUCAUGGUGCCUACAUGUGAAGGCAGACAGCAGGAGCAGCUCCACCUGGAUGGAGACUUCUCUUCCUCUGCUGAGUUCUUCGUCACUAUCGCCGUCUUCGCCUUCCUCUACUCGCUCUUCGCCACCGUGGUCUACAUCUUCUACCAGAACAAAUACAGAGAGAACAACCGCGGCCCGUUUAUCGACUUCAUAGUGACGGUGGUCUUCUCCUUCAUGUGGUUGGUGGGUUCUUCUGCUUGGGCCAAAGCUCUGUCAGACGUCAAGGUGGAGACGGAUCCUGACGUAGUGCUUCUGCUCAUGUCUGCGUGUAAAGUGCAGAACAACAAAUGUGCCUCGGUGUACGGGCCGGUCUGGUCCGGCCUCAACACCUCUGUGGUUUUCGGCUACCUGAACUUCGUCCUGUGGGCUGGAAACAUCUGGUUUGUGUUCAAAGAGACAGGCUGGCAUAAGGGCGGAGCCGCACGAUAUCCGACGCCGGCUCCUGAAAAACACACCACCGCCUUCAGCCAGCAACCCUACAACCAGCAGAACUACAACCAGGGCACCUUCGACGAAUCAGGAGCCAGCUUCGGAGGAAUUGGAGGCUUCGGCCAAUCAGACUACAGCCAAGUGGGAAGUUACACCUCAAGUGGGCCCACAUCUUACUAACCACACAGCACAAGCGAGCUAAUCGUCACGGGGCAGGGGACAAUUUCAUGGGCAAAGGGUGAGAAUUGGGUUCCGUCUAAUUCUCUUAUUUGCAGUUAUAGCGUUGGUAAACAGUGAUAUGUUUACACUAAAAAUUUCAGAAUCUUCCCACAGAAGUUUAUUCCAGGUUUUUUUUUUUAUUGAUGACUUUUAAAAUGUUUGGGUUUUGAAAAUUUGUCUAAAAGUCUAAGUGAAAUAUGAAGGUACAUACUUGAGGAAAAUGUUCCCUUUGGGUUUUUUCCAAACCUUUAAGGAUCCUUAUGUAGAACCCAGGUUUUCUGUUAGAAAGGGCUCCAGAAAAAAGCAUCUUCUAAAACAUACUGAGGAAACUUUUGUUAAAGGGGUGAAAUUAAUGGGUUCACACACAAAAAUAAAGGAAAAAAUCUCCUUAGAAGAAACGUUUGUUUUCUUAAUACAAGUAGAAAUAUUUUUCUUACCCUAUCGGUAAAUGGUACCAUUUUUUUUUUUUUUUUUUUUUUGAGGGGUAGAAUACUUCCUUAAGGAUCCAAAAUGGUUCCUUUAAAAAACACAUUUCAUGCUUAAAGAGUGUUUCAGAGGCAUACAAUGUGAUGACAGAUCAUGCAGGUUAAUCAAGAGGAAGACUUUUAGAAAAAGAAACAGAGAUAAAGGUUCAGCGUUCUUAGUUUCCUAAAGGGAUCUACUGGGAAUUGUCUCUGAUUGGGAAUCAUAAAGUUACAGGGUUCUACAUAGAACCAUUAAGGGUUCCCCUAGAGGGACAAGCCAAGAGUUUAUCCUUGUGGAAUUCAUCCACAUUUCUGCCCACAUAAUAUAAUGCCAGCGUAUCAGUUUUCUACAUCGCGCUAACUUGAUGCAUGACGAUGUGUCGCUGCGCUAAAUUCUUAAUCAAAUUUUGCCGUCAAAUGUAACAAAAAGAUGAAAUAUUUAUAUUAAGAUUACACGACCUUGUAAAUGACGUACUCGUGUAUAUACAGUUGUUAGGAUUGGUUGAAAAAAUAUAUGAAUAUAAAGCUGUAGCUGUAGAGCGAGGAGAUUCGCAUGCAUGCAACACACCUUCCAUCACGUCUAGUGCACGUCUCUUUUGUACGUCACACACAAAUUCAUGUGAUUUAAUAAAUAAAUAAAAUAUAAAAAAAACAAGCCUGCUAAAAAGAAUUGCAAGGCAUGCCAUUAAAAAAAAUAGAAAAUAGAACUGACUUAUUUUUUACUUAUUAUCUGAUUUAUGUGUUGCUUGCUAUAAUGUUAAACUUUUUAUUUAUCUAUUUUUUUGUAAAUAUUCCAAUUGGUGUGAAUGAUACUGCAUGUGCAUUUGGCGUAAUGCUAAUAAAGAUUGUGU